AAACAGCUGUCUUAGAGCAGAGGCAGGAUUCAAGGCUUGUAGUUUGGUUGGCUUUCCUGACUGUACAGGCAUUUUCAUAAAGAUCUUGUUUCUCAUCAGACCUGCUGCUAAAGGUAGACUCCAGGACCUAAAUGCUUCCGGACAGGAAGAUGUAUGCGUUAUUGAACAGACCCCAAAAUAAGAGUGGGUCCAAGCCACUGCCUGUCGUGAUCAUAGGGAAUGGACCUUCAGGAAUCUGUCUCUCAUAUUUGCUGUCAGGCUACAUCCCUUACUUCAAAAGAGACUCUCUUCAUCCUCAUCCCAUUCUUCAGAGGAAACUGGAAGAGGCACCAGAUAUCUCCAUUUUGGACCAGGAUUUGGAAUAUCUGUCUGAAGGCUUGGAGGGACGAUCCCACAGCCCUGUGGCUCUUCUGUUUGAUACUCUUCAGCGUCCAGACACAGACUUUGGUGGAACAGCAGAAUCUGUCCUCACUUGGUGGCACGAGACCAACAGAGCCGUCCCCCACCUGGUCCUUGGCAGAAACGCUCCUGGAGGUGCCUGGCAUUCUAUUGAGGGCUCUAUGAUUACCUUGAGCAGAGGGGAAUGGAUGGGACUCCCAGAUCUCCCAUUCAAGGACUGGCUAAAGCAAAAGAGAAGAGGCCUCAGAAACAAUAGAGCCACAGCAAAAGACAUUGCUCAAUAUUACCAACACUAUGUGAUGAAGAAAGGACUGCAGAAGAAUUUCAGAUGUGGUACUGUUGUGACCUCUGUGAGGAAAGUGAGUGCAGAGAGCAUCUCCAACCACGCACAGAAAGAUCUGCAGGAGAAUAGUGACUCACUCUGGAACUUCAAUGAGAAAAGAAUGGAGGUCUUUCAGGUGGAUGGAUUUUUCAAAACUGUGAAAGGUGAUAAAGAGCCCUUCUCCGUCUAUGCAGAGAAUGUGGUCUUAGCUACAGGAACAUACGAUAGUCCUACUUGGCUUGGGGUCAAGGGAGAGAACCUUUCCUAUGUCCAUCACCAGCUGUCUGCCCUAGAGGAAGCAGUGAAGAACAGCAGCAUUGGCAUCAUGUCAGAUCCAGUCUUGAUUGUAGGUGCUGGUCUGACAGCUGCUGAUGCGAUUCUCUUUGCUCACCAUUGCAAUAUUCCAGUAAUCCAUGUUUUUCGGAGACGAGUCAGCGAUCCGGGUCUUAUUUUUAACCAGCUCCCCAAAAUGAUGUACCCUGAAUACCACAAAGUCCAUCAGAUGAUGAAAGAACAGUCAGCUGCUUGUGCUGGGCCCUAUGACUGUUACAUUAGCCUUCCUGAACAUCAUGUGCUAUCCUUUGGCAAGGACAAGAAAUGUCUCUUUCAAGACAAGAAUGGCUACCAGAAAGUUUAUAAAAUUUCCAUGGCUCUUGUUCUAACUGGCUCAAACCCCAACCUCUCCUUUCUGCCAAAUAAUGGCAUUGACUUGGCAAUGGACAGUGACCAACCAGUCAAUCCAAAGAGGAAUCCCAUAGAUGUUGACCCAUUCACCUAUGAAUGCACUCAGGAGAAAGGGCUUUAUGCUCUAGGACCUCUAGCUGGAGAUAACUUUGUACGCUUUGUACAGGGAGGUGCUCUGGCUGUUGCCAGCUCUCUGUUGAAGAAAGCAAACAAAAAUCCCCCCUAACAAAAAAAAUCCCUACGCUAAAUGUAUCUGAAUGGGUUACUGCUGUUUUCUUAGAGAAGCAAGUCAUCUGAUUGGUUACAUCCUCAAAUGUAAAGCCUACUCCUGGUAUUCUCCAAGGUUAUGCAGAGAGUUACUAAGUUCUUGCUGAGUUAUUUGAGAAGAUUAAGUCACCAAAUACAGAGUGGGUUUUACACACAGCAGUACCUUCAACCCCUGGGGAUUCAGCUCCUUUCCUGCAUAGCUGUGCAUGAAGGCUGCAGGGGCUUUGAAUCUUGUGCCUGGAAAAGUAAGGGGCAAGAUAGUGAUUGCUCUUCUAUGUAACACCUUCCAGGUUGCUGAAAAUUGAAUUAGGGAACAAGCAAUAUUAAUUAUUUCCAGACAGCAGGCUGACAACCCUGUGUCUGUCAGUGUCUUACAGUGUUUUUUCAUGAAACAAAGUAAGCCAAUGUGGUUUUAUUUGCUCCUGUGGCUCGGCUGUAUGUUCUUAUUAGACCAGAAAUGACUGAAAGAUGCUGCAGGUACUGUAUUGUCUCACUGACACCAGCAACAGGUAAUAUCUUUUUAAUCAAGAGAUUCCUGUGAUGGUUUUUUCUCCUUUUUGGGAAGGAAUGGUACUGAUUUACAAACACUUGGUUUGCCAUCUUGCAGCUUUCCACUUUCUAAAUCCUAAAACCACCGUAGCCAAAUUCUUGGCAGCUGCUGUAGAGACAGCAGAAAUAAAGGGGAGCUACUGGUCUGUCUUGUAACUGCCUGGGGGGGGCAGUUAUGGGGCUUCUGCUGCACAGAGUAUUUCAGAAAGACACAAUAUGUUAUAUAUUGUGUGAAUUUCUAAUGUAAUGUGUUGUGUUUUUUUUAAAGAAUACUAUUUGUGUAAAGGGAAAAUUGGCACAGUCACUUUUUGAUAGUUUUAUGCUAUAUAUAGCAAUUUUUUAUACUAGUUUUCUAAAAGAUUUUUAUUGGCAAAAUAUUUUGUUACAAGCUUUCAGUCAGUGAAUGAGCUGGGGUGGGUGGAAAUGAUGCCUUAUGUUGCAAACAGCAUUCUCAACAGACCUACAAGGCCUUUCAUACCUCUUACAGGAAAAAUCAGAGUCAUAGCUAAUCUUAUUUGAUGUAAAGACAGACUCUGCUCCCUGUGCUGCACUGAAACUCACUGACAUGCCAGGAUGCUUGCACAUGUCUCUGGAAAGCUGAGAAUGUGGAGACAGUGGCCGUUUGUAAAUGAAUCAGCCUCAAUUUGAGAUGUGUUAAGGAGCUUGUCUGUGGUGUUGCUGUAUCACACUUGAGUAUUUUUGCCACUGACAAUUCUUGUAUGAAAUUUUUCAAUAAAGUGACUUCAGACUUA